AUGCAAAUGCAAAAAUAUUCUCCAACAACUCCAACAACGUCUACAUUUACAUCGAUGCCGUCUUCGGCAUCUUUUAUAAGUGAUGAAUCAUCUCUCAAUCAAGGGAACAUGGACACUUUACCUUCGAAUAAUUUAUUCGAUAAUAAUCAUAAUAUUGGUGAGUCUUUUAUGGAAAAUAAUAUUUCUAGUUUAGUAUCAUCUCCACUUGGUAAUAGUGACAAUUUACUAAACAAUAACGAAUUAGUUCCAUAUGUAGUGAAAUCACAUAACGACUCAUCCUCCAUGAAUAAUAGAUCAUUUUUAACAUUUGGUUCAGAUGUUUAUUAUCCUCAGAUGUUUUCUGAUCCUUCUUCGCAACAAUUAAGUAAUUAUUCACCAAUCAUUAAUGCAACAACAACUAAGACAUAUAUUAGCUUAUUAUACGAAAAAAGUCAAGCUAAACAUUGGAAUCCACCAAUUUUUUAUUUUCAAAACGUCUAUGGUGGAUUUAUUGGAAUUGUUGAAGUUAAGGAUAUGAAAUUUCAAGUACCAAAUUUCUUGGUGCCAAAAUAUUUUGCAUUGCUUGUUAAAACGGCAUAUACAGCGGCUGUUAAAGAAUCAUUAAAGCAAUUAUCGCCUUUUGUAUUUGAAGGUGGGCCAUUUAUUCGUAGCCUUGCCUUAGUAUCAGUUCAAAUGUAUGGAACUGUGCUAUCAACUGGUCUACACCCAACAGAAAUUGGACCAUCAGUAGCAGCUGGAUUACCACAUUUUACUUUUCAACACAUGAGAUGUUGGGGACGUGAUGUAUUUAUAUCGUUGCGUGGUUUAUUUAUUACUACUGGUAACUUUGAAGCAGCCAGAAGACAUAUUAUCGGAUUUGGAAGUGUUCUUAAACACGGAUUGAUACCUAACUUGCUGGAUUCCGGAAGACGUCCAAGAGAUAAUUGUCUAUAUUCCAGAAGACAUAUUAUCGGAUUUGGAAGUGUUCUUAAACACGGAUUGAUACCUAACUUGCUGGAUUCCGGAAGACGUCCAAGAUAUAAUUGUCGUGAUGCUUCUUGGUGGUAUCUUCAAGCAGUGCAAGAUUAUUGUAACUUUGCGCCGGAGGGAUUAAAGUUUCUUAGCACGCCUGUAGCUCGAAGAUUUCCAAAAACGGACGAAUUUGUUGAAUAUUUUAAUCCAUUAGCUUAUUCGUAUAGUAGUACAAUAUUAGAAAUUAUACAUGAAAUCUUGGAACGUCACGCACGUGGUAUACAUUUCCGUGAAUGGAAUGCAGGACCUAAUCUCGAUCAUGCUAUGACUUCUAAAGGAUUUGAUAUUGAUAUUGAAGUUGAUUGGAGCACAGGAUUUUUGUUUGGCGGUAAUCAAUGGAAUUGUGGAACGUGGAUGGAUAAAAUGGGAGAUUCCGAAAGGGCAGGAAACAAAGGGAUACCAGCCACACCUAGAGAUGGUGCUGCUGUAGAAAUUAUUGGAUUACUCAAAUCUACAUUGAGAUGGGUUAUUGGAUUAAUUGAAAAGGGUGUUUAUCCUUGGAAAGGAGUUGAAGUAAAAGUUAAUGGUGCUACAAAAUUGAUAACGUUUUUCGAGUGGAAUGAUUUGAUACAGAAUUCUUUUGAGAAAUAUUUUUAUGUUCCUUUAGAUCUUAAAGAUGACUCGAAAUAUGCAUUAAAUACUAAAUUAGUAAAUCGCCGAGGCAUCUAUAAAGACAUAUAUAGAUCUACAAAGGAAUAUGAAGAUUAUCAAUUAAGACCCAAUUUUCCGAUUGCAAUGGUCGUUGCACCUGAGUUAUUUGAAGAAGAACAUGCAAUGCAAGCAUUAAUUAUUACGCGUGAAAUACUUGCAGGACCGUUAGGUAUGCGUACUUUGGAUCCAAAAGAUUGGGCAUAUCGUGGAAAUUAUGAUAAUAACAAUGAUGGAGAUGAUAAAUCCAUUGCAAAAGGAUGGAAUUAUCAUCAAGGCCCUGAAUGGUUAUGGUGUACUGGCUAUUUUCUUAGAGCUUAUCUAUAUUUUGAUACACGUGUCGGAAUAGGGAAAAAUAAUGUAGGUUUAUUUAAAUAUUAG